AUGACAGACGCGGGCGAAGCCACGGGGUCGCGCUCGUGGUACAGCUACGUAGCUGCACCUAUGGUCGGGCAGUCGGAUCUAGCUUUUCGUCUCACUGCUGUCCAGUAUGGAGCCACAGCGACGUGGACGCAAAUGUACCAUACAGAAGAUAUCUUAUAUCACAAUGAAACAUAUGAAAAGGCACUGCGCGCGCUGGAAAUGGGAAGUGCAGCUCGAGAGAAUUGCGAUAUUGUAACUGGAGAAAGAGCGCCUCAAAUCGUUCAACUGGCUGGCGAUGAUCCCGAGCAAUUCGUUCAAGCAGCACGGCGUUUCCUACCUAUCGCUGAUGCAAUAGAUUUGAACCUUGGCUGCCCACAAGCCCGAGCGCGUGACGGCCAUUAUGGCGGUUAUCUACUAAAGCGACGUGAAUGGCCCUUACUCGAACGAAUCGUGCAAGCGUUAUGCAAAUCUUGUGACGUGCCUAUCACGACAAAAAUCCGGCUGUGCGAUACGGCAUCCGAUACGUACGAGCUUGGGCAACGACUUGCGCUUGCAGGCUCAUCGGUUAUCACUUUGCACGCUCGGCAUGUAGCGCCGAAUCGACGUCGUGCUGGUAUGGCUAAACUUGAACAUGUGCAGAACGACGCACACGCGUGCUAA